UAUUUUUAUUAUUUUUUAUUUUUUUUUUUUUUUGUUUGUUUGUUUGUUUGGCUUUUCCCUUCAGUCUCUGUCUCUGUCUGUCUCUCUCUCGUUCUAGUUGUGACUGACUCUGACAACAGCCAGCAGCAACAACAACCAUCAACCAGCCACCAAACCCCCCACCCCCUCCCACCUCUUCAAAGCCUCAGAGAAUUGCCGCCAUCGACAAUCUCGUCGCCCAGUUCAGCACGGCCUCGACCGCGCUCUCCGACGAGAUUGUCGUCACCACGUUCGUUGGACGCGUCGCCAGCAUUGCCCGCAUCGUGCAGGAGCUCGUCGCGCUCUUUGGCGUCACCGAGGACACGGCCUUCCAGCAGGAGCUGCUCGACAAUACGAAAUUGCUGGUGGCUGCAGCGCGCGCAGUGACGCAGACGGGACCGGCCGGCGUCGGACUCGAGUGGCGCAGCAGCGCGGGCGAAGCGCGCGACAUUGUCCAGCUCGACCAGGUCAAGAGCGCACUGUUGCGCGUUGCAAUGUCCAUCAAGCUGGGCAUCCACAACAUCAAGGAACCGCGCGGCGGAUCAAGCGCAGCAGCAGCAGGCUCGGGCAGUCUGAGCGGCAGCGGCAGCAGCAGCAAUAUUGGCAGUGGUGGCACUGUCAGCAGGAGUAGUAGCGGGAGCAUGGUUGGUCUGCAGCAGCGCCACACAAUGGGCUCUGUCUCGCCGCAAACAGAGCGCUCAAACCGCGUCAACAGGUCAUCCACCUUCUACGUCGACGCCCCCGCCUCUCCCGGCCUGAACGCGCCUUCAUCGCCGUUCGGCAGCACUGGGAACGGAUUGAACGGCCUCGGAUCGUCGGGCUCGUCCACCAGUCUGUCCAACAUCAACGCGAGUAGUAGCAGCAGCCCCCUCGCGAGCUCGAACAGCGGCAGCGCAAUCAACUUUGGCACGUACUCGCGUGCCACCGGCGCUUCCAUCAACUAUCAGUCCGUCUCCCGCGCUUCAGGUGCGUCGUUUGCUGCUGCAGGCCCAGCCUCGCCUUCUCCGGUCGCUCCGGGAUCGCCGCAAGUCACGGCCCAGGCACCCCCGGACAAGCGAGGAAAGACAGUCAAAGAACUCGUGCAAGAACUCGUGCCGCUCGCCGACGUUGCAGACGCCAAGACCAGCGGGAGUGGAUCGGUCAUUGACACGUACUAUGUGGAAGACUUUUUGCUCACCUUCCGCCAGUUUCUCUCGCCUGGCCAGCUCAUGGACGAACUGGUGGCCCGCGUUCUCGAGUGCGCGCUGCCCAGCUCCACCUUGCUCGUCGGCACCAACGUCGGCAUGACCACACUGUCUCCCACGGGCAACUACACGCCCCACCAAGCGUUCUCGGUCAAGAUGCGCGUCGUGCGCGUGCUGAAGAAAUGGGUCGAGCUCUUUGGUGAGGACUUUAUCGAUCUGCCACUGCUCAAGAAGGCCUUCUACCUCCUGGACGACUUGCUGAACGAGGACAAGCUGGCCAGCGCCACCCAACAAAUUCACAACAAUAUCAAAGCGACGCUGCAGGCCUUCCGAGAGAAGCGAAAAGCAGACGAAGCCGCUGGACGCAGCUCAGACCCUCUGCCGGGCUUUACUGGGGCUUCUGCGCCCAAGCCGGGCAAGCAGCAGGUUCGUGAGGUAUCCACCAAGAACGACGCGCUGGAUUUGUCGGGCGAAACAACAAAGUUCCUUGCGCUGUCCAAGGACCCCGUCAAGUUUAUUCAGCAAAUGUGUGUUCUGGACAUGCAAAUGUUCCGCGACAUCCGACCCCGCGACUUUUUGGCGCAGUACAAUGGCCUGUCUGUGCCCGCCAUCGACGCGUUCAUUGAUUGGUUUAAUCUGCUCAGCCACUGGGUGUCGACCACAGUGUGCGUCGCCCCCACGCCUGCCGAGCGUGUCGGCGUCAUUGAGCGCUGGCUCGAGCUGUGCAAGCAGUCGCAGGUGGUGAGCAACUAUAGCUUCCUCAUGGCCGUGGUGUCGGGUCUCAACAUGUCUCCCGUGCAGCGACUGAAGCGGGCGUGGAGUGAAGUCUCGAAAAAGUACAUUACGGUGCGCGAGGAGGCCGAGCAGCUGCUCGAUCCCGCAAGCAACUACAAAAAGUACCGCGCCAUGCUGCAGGCACGAUUUUCCGAGUCGGCCCAGCUGCGUCUCAUCCCCUUUAUUGCUCUGUACCUGAAGGACUUUUUCUUCAUGAACGAUGGCAAUCCGUCGCUGUUUGGUGAAGGGCUGGUCAAUUAUGACAAGUUUGAGCUCAUUGCCAGCAAAAUUCGCGAGAUUCGCCGUUGCCAAAUGUCCGACUUUUCAGGGUUUAUCUCCGUGCCGGAGAUUCGCGAUGGCCUUAGAACUGUGCAGGUCUACUCUGAGGCAAAGUUGUACCAACUAUCGCUCAUUUGCGAGCCGAGGACCCCAGCGUACUCUGCUGGUCCCGCGGAACCGUCCAAGCGCGAUUCUGUCGUCCCUGACGAGACCACGCUCGAGCGCCUCGCCAAAAAGCUGACGCUUCGUCGUGGCGAAAGCAAGGUUCUCACUCAACUGUGAAAACGUUGCUGUGUGGAUUUCAAGUGAAAACAAAAAGGAUGUUGCAAUAGGUGUGCAUUUUGAUGUGAGACUUUUUGCAGAUGUGUGUGUCUGUGUGUGCCUGUGUUUGUUAUGUCUGUGAGCGUUUGUGUGGGCCUGUGUAUGUCUGUGAGUGUCUGUGUGUAUGUCUGUGUAUUUGUGUUUAGGGCUUGUUGUUGCUUUUGCCGAUUUCUGAUGAAAAAUUAAUGAAUGCUGUGCAAGUAUCCUC